CUCUCUCUCUCUCUCUCUCUCUCUCUCUCUCUCUGCAUCAAUUUCAUUCAUACAAGAUUCCAAACAAAGAGAAUUGAUAGAAAGUGAGAUUUUCAGAAUUUAUUGUCUCCGUCUCUUGUCCUCUCCAUGGCUUCUCGGGUCUCUGACCAUUCCUAGACUUAUUGAUCCGUCUAACAAUCCUAAUUUAUUAUUCUCUCCUCCGUCUCCCCUCAUGUUGAGAUCAUCAGUAACGCCUCGUCUCACUCCUCUCCGGCUCACAGGACACUGCCAUGGUUGUUGAUGCUGAAUCCUCCUCAACAAGGCUUCUUCAUUCAUGUGGGGUUUCCAAUAGUUUUGCUUUUAUGAGGUUAUUACAAAAAACACAUCACUUCUCUUCUGUGUCUGAGGGCGACAACAACAACAACAAGAAAGACAUUUUCUUAGGAUCUGAUCAUCACCAAGUUUGUAGGAGAGAUUGUAGUUUCAUGGCCGAUCAAGAAGAGCCGAGAAGUACUACUUCUAGGUUAAGCUCCAAGGACGACCACGACAACAACAACAGCAAUAGCAAUAACAAUAAUAAUAAUACCAACAAUGAAGCUGAAGAUCAUGAGAUGAGACAAGAAGGAUGGCUCCGGUUAAGCACAGGCCACGAGGAUGAUGUUAAACAGGAUCUUGACAAUAAACAUCAAACCAAUCAAACGGCUGGGAUGGACUCUUUUCUAGAGCUUAACCUUUACUCUGGCGGUUCAAAUAGAGAAGAAAGAGUUGGCCUUCCAUUGAUGCCAUCUAUAUUUCAUCAUCAACAUCAACCAUUGAUGUUCCCUACCAGGCCUGAUCAGGAGACGAUUGGUUCUUGGGCGGCUGCGUUUAGAACGCCUUUUGUCCCACAAAACCUAGUUCAACCAUCAUCAUCAUCAUCAUCAUCAUUAUCUGCUUCUUUGAUGAUGCCAUUCAUAGGACCUUACUUUGGUCGCUCCAAUUUUCAGCACCAGUUAACAGGGAACAACAAUAAUAAUAAUCCGGAUGUGGUGGCUGGUCCAAGCUCGAGUUUUAGAGUCAUUGAUCCUCCCAGGCGACCCCAUUCCGGCAUUUGGUUCCUCCUUCAAGCUUCUCAAAACCAGACAAGAGAACCAUUCUUGCCUCAGAUACCCAAGAGCUACUUGAGAAUCAAGGACGGGAAGAUGACUGUUCGAAUAUUGAUGAAAUAUUUGGUCAGCAAGUUGAGAUUGGAGCACGAAUCCCAGCAGGUAGAGAUAAGAUGCAGAGGGCAAGAACUGGAGCCAGUGUUGACACUACAACAUGUGAGAGAUACAAUUUGGAGAGGAAGCAGAGACAAUUCUUCUAUUUCACAAAACCUUACCUUGCUUCCAAACUCAUCUACCUCUGAUCAUCUCAUGGUCCUUCAUUAUGGUAGGACUCUUUUUUAAUUAUCCAUAUAUAUUCCUAUAAUAUUUUCUCCACUAUAUUUAUUUUUAACACCAUAUUAUUCUCAAUAAAAACAACUGCCCACCCUCUCUUUUAACUCAACAUCCCACCUUCUUCAAUUGUCUUCUUCCCUCUCUUUUUUUUUGGCGGGUGGUUUUGAUUAUUUAUUUAUCCUUAAGGCCCUUUUUUGUGCGAUUUGUCGAAUGAUAUAUCAAGAACAAAAGAGUAUCUAAUUCAGUAGGAGUGUGCAUGCCCCCGAUUGAUGUUUUUAUUGGUGUAUCUUCUGGGGCUGCGAGAACAUUAACGCAUGAACGAUGUAUCCAAUAUUUAUAUGCAUUGUUUUUUCAUGCUAUUCCUUAAUCCUUACUGUUAUUCUAGGUCACUUCUGCUUUGUGUUGGUGUUUAAUGUUUGCCUAGACAAAAUGGCCUCUUUCGGGCCAUGAUCGUACCAACUCAAUACCAAACUGGCCAUAUAAAAAUUUCAGGCCUUGUGUGAAAGAUCGAUACUCUUAUCCACUAAACCCAAACCAUAAAUGGAUGGACCAAUAUCUAAUUUUCAAGAAAGCAAGAUAGAAUAUGGCCAUGGCCCAUGGGAGCUUACAUUUUAG